AUGUCCACGUAUGAGUUCCCCCCUGCUGCUCGCCUCACUUACACCCCCACUAACGCAUCAUUCCCCAGUCUGGCAGCGGAUACGUCCUUCGACUUCAUCUUCCCCUCGUGCGAGCCCUCAACGCCGCCGAGUUUCUCCUUCGACUCUUCCCUCCUCGACCUCCUCUACCACCAUAACCCGGGCCACAACCGCUCCCGCUCCAAUGGCUCCGUCUUUUCCUUCAUUUCUGCCGCGGACUCCACCCCGGACUCGGUGAGCACCCGCAUGACGACGCCGUCUCGCGCAUCACCACCAAUCCGCCAACACGGCCCUCUUCUGCUUCCCAAGAUCCGCUCCCAGGACCAAGCCAUUGACUCGCCGCCCAAGCGCAUCAAAUCCUCGCCGAAGCCCCGCGCCCCGGCUCCCAGACGGGCGACCCCCGUCGCUCCCGCUGCCAACGCCGUCUUUCGUCCUGCUCACUCACGCAGCUUCACCAACCCGGAGACAUUGACGUGGAAUAUGCCAUCCUCCUACUGCAGCCAACCCGAAGAGCAGACUCCCUCUUCCCUCCUCUGCUCACCCGUCAUCUUUGCCGAUGAUUUGCAGUCUCGCCGCGCGUCAACCUGCAGCCUCGAGGGUUCCGCCCUCGAGAAGUUUGGCUUCCCGACCUACCGCCAGAUGCCCUCAUACGUUCCCCCUCCUGCACCUCAGCAACCUUCAGAGGCAUACAUGUUCCCCUCUUACACUCCGCGUGCUCCCUCUCCCCUCAGCCUCUCCGCCGCCGCCACCCCGGACCCGACCCCCAACACCACCCUCAUGACCUACCUCACCGGACCUAACCCUGCUCCCUCCCUGGUGCGCACCAUCUCAUUCCCUCUCCGAGACCCCAACACCAAGCACUUCUGGUGGGACAUUCGCCAAAUCCGCCCCUGGACCACCUUCAACGCCUCCUCCGUCCUCUCGCUUCCCGGCGCCGCUACCCUCCUCAACUGCGCCGUCCCUGCACCUCUCCUCCCUCACCCGGCUCCAACGGCCCGCCACCCGGAGACCGAAGCAGCCCUGCACAGCAUCUACGCCUCCCACUACCUCCCCAAGCUCAACGCCGCGCUCGCCAUCUCCUCCCACAGGCCCAUGCAGCUCUCUGCCCCUGCGCCGUCCGCCAACGCCAAGCAGCCCGAGCUCCUCUUCACCGCCUCCCCCGCCGGCGAGCCCGCCUCCGCGGCUACAAUCUUUGGCGGCAAACCUACCGCCCGUGUCGUCGGCCUCGUCCGCUCCUUUGACCGCUUCAACACCGGCAUGCGUGUCGAGGGCAACAUCAAGCGCGUAGAGUACCUCCGCGGCCUGGCCGCCCUGCACCACGCCAUGCGCGAGCACUCGUGCCGAUACGGCUUCAUCCUCACUGAGAUUGAGCUCGUCAUCGUCCGUAACGGCACCGAGUCGGUCCCCCAUUUUGGUCACCUCGAAGUUACUUCCGUCCAGCUCGCCGCCGUCGCCGACGACGCUAACUGCGAGGUCGGCGAGAUCCCGCUGACUGCCUGCCUUGCACUGUGGGGCCUGUGCAUGAUGGCCGGUGACGAUGCGCCCCAGCAGCAAGGCCGCGGCGGUGUCGUGGCACAUUGGAAGACGGAGAUUGGGGCGCCAGCCGAGGGCACGAGGCGCAAGGCGCUGCCGAGGGACGACUGGAUGCCCAAGCCGCAGUUGGCGGAGAAGCGGGAGGCCAAAAGAGCGAGAGGUUGGGUUUUGCCCGAGGACCCCAUUGGUAGAAAGGAAUUGGGGAAGAGAGGUGUGCGGUAUGGUGCUUGCUGA